GACGAGUUAAGCGACGUCUGAAUGGGUGUUGGCUCUUCUCCCAGAUAGACUGUUUAUCAAAAACUCCCAUGGUCCUGUGCUCCCAAUGCUCCAUCAAACCAGCAUAGCAUUGUACUGUGAGUUCAACUCUGUGACCGGUUGAGCACUCAGCUGCACUAUGGCGGCUGAACGGGACUAUGACUAUCUGAUCAAGCUGCUGGCUCUCGGGGACUCGGGCGUGGGAAAGACCACCUUCCUCUACAGGUACACCGACAACAAGUUCAACCGCAAGUUCACAACCACAGUGGGCAUCGACUUCAGGGAAAAGAGAGUGAUAUACACAGGUAAAGGGGCUGAUGGGACGACUGAGAAGAACUUCAAAGUCCACCUUCAGCUUUGGGACACAGCAGGACAAGAGAGGUUCCGCAGCCUCACUACCGCUUUCUUCAGAGACGCCAUGGGCUUCCUGCUGAUGUUCGACCUGACCAAUCAGCAAAGUUUCCUCAACGUCAGGAACUGGAUGAGUCAGCUGCAGGCCAACGCGUACUGUGACAGUCCAGACAUCGUGCUGGUGGGCACCAAGGCAGACCAACGGGAGGGGAGGGACGUUAACGCCAGACAGGCCAGAGACCUGGCGGACAGAUACGGCAUCCCCUACUUUGAGACGAGUGCAGUGACGGGUGCUGAUGUGGACCAGGCGGUGACCACCCUGCUGGAGCAGGUGAUGAAGAGGAUGGAGCAGAGCACCCACGGGGGCCCCGGCUCUGAACCCAACGGCAGCCCCAUCACCAGCCAUGAAGUGGAGGAGGCUUCUGUCAGUAGGAGGUGUGCCUGCUGAUGUUACCACCAGCAGCCACUCUUUUUCACAUUUGCUCCCAAUGGCACUGUGUCUUUGAAAAUGCUGCUGUUUUCUGGAGCUUGAUUAGGGUGCCUGCUAGGUGUGAUGUUAAAAUCAACUAAAAGAUUAUCCAUACUUUAGAGGAAAUUGGGCCCAAUAGUGUUAUUACAGUGUGAAUUCCUCUUUUGACAUCUGCUGUCUGUCGUGUUAUUUAUUCACAGCUUGUGCAUUGAGAGAAGAGCGAGAGAGGAAGGAAAGGAGUACGUGAAAAAAACAAUUGUAUAUAGUAAGUGAAAGUGAAAAUUGGGAUUGUUAUAAAAACUGGGAUGUUUUAAAUGCACCAAGUGGUUGUGAUUCAGAAAAGAAAGGUCAAUUAAUUAUCAGAGAAAAAUACUGUUUUUAUUUGACACAUUGAGGCAUUGAUGGAAGGAAUAUGCAGGCACAUAACGUAUAUUUAUCAUGGAGUAUAAUCAAAAAACAUUUGAGACAUGGUUACAUUUCUUAUAUAAAUUAUCGUUUUUGUUAGAACAACCAAGAUAGCAAAGUCACUCACAUGAUCUAUGACUUUUUUACGACAUGUACAUAAGCAGCCAAGCUUUUUUAUGCAGUAUGGAACAAAGUUGCCAUGCAGAUCGAACACAAGUACAAGAAUGUUAAAGGGUUGUUGGAACAAAUCCUGUAUAGUGCUGCGUUUGGAAUAAAGACAUUUUAUGUUUAGGUGUUGUAUAUGUCACUGUAUUGUCAUUUACAUGUAAUGCACUAAAAGCUAUACCGGUAUUCUGACUGGAAAUACAAUCCUCACAGACUUUGUUAGCAUCAUUAUUGUUUACACACAUUCUACACAUUGAUUUUGAUUAAAUUAAGACAGAAACUUAAAAUGACCUGCAUUCAUGUCUGUGGAUUUUUCCAACAUAUCGAUCUAUAGAAGGACAUUCAUGGAGUCACAAAAA